AUGUUUUUCCUGGGAUCCCUUCUGCAGAGCAAGUUGCAGCCAACGCUCAUCACCUUCAAUGCGGCACUGUCGGCUUUCGACAGCACAGGUCUCUGGAUGGAGGCCUUGGGUGUGCUCGUCCAACUGCAAGACCACUGUCUUCUUCCAGACCUCAUCACCUUUCAUGCACUCCUUGCCUGCAACAAGACAGAGUGGCGACGUGCGUGCAUGUGGCUAACAGAAGUUGAUGGACGAUACCUUCAGAGAGAUCUCGUGACGCAAAGUGCUAUUAUCACCGCGUGUACCGCUGCCGAACAGUGGGAACUCUCAUUGUUCUUAGGGUCUGGUGAUGCUCACCGUGCCUCAGGUGCUGGCGAUGCUCACACGGUCACUGACACCAUUGUGGCCUGCGAUCGGGGGGGCAUGUGGGAGUCAACGCUAUGGUUGCUGGAAAGCAUGGCGGAUGUUGCAGUGGAAGGUGACACCAUUGCAUGCAAUGCUGCUAUGGCUGCCUGUGCUAGUCAGGGCGCAUGGUCGCAAGUGUUGUUUGGCUUGCGAGAACUACAGCUGAAGGAGCUAUCAGCUCUCGCGUAUGAUGCUGCAGUCGUUGCAUGCGCUAAUGCCGAAAAAGCAAGCUUCUCGGAAGACGGUCCCUCUCGACCUGACGAUGCUGGCUCUGACGAGGAGGACCCGGAGCUGUAUGAGCAGCUAUCCAAGCAGCGCCGCCUCGUCAAACGUGCUGAUACAGGUCAGGCCAAGAAGGGAGAGGCCGCACUCACGCAGGUGUCCGAGCGCAUCCAGGGCAUGGCUGGUGAGGAGGACGAGGAGAAAGAGCAAAAGGAGAAAGAACUCAGCAACGUGGCGUUGACUGCCACCACAGAGUUCUGCAACGUAGUGCAGACUCCGCUGGAGAAGAUAGAAACGCUGAAGCACGAGAGCUUCCGCGGCUCUACUCUGUACAAGCAGCAGGCGACCCAGCGAAAGGGCAUCGCAGCGGGUGAGCGAAAAGCUCGCAAGGCUGGGCUGCCCGAGGAAGUCCUGGCUGCUACGAAAGAUGCAGAAGAAGAUCUGGAGCAAACGCUCAUUGAGGAGUCUCUUGACCUUAGUUGUGCAAGUGGGCUUGAGUACCUGCGGGCGCGGUCACAGAUUGGCUGUGAUCAGGACUCGCACAGGAUCCGCAAGUUGGAUAAUCGUCCGCUAGAGAUGUCCACGGUCGAUGGCGAUAUCAAGCUUGAGUACCGAGACGAUUUCGGCCGGGUCCAGACGCCGAAGGAAGCCUUCCGGUCCAUUUCAUGGAAGUUCCACGGCAAGGUUCCUGGCCGAAAGAACAUGGAGAGGCGACUCCUUCGCUUAGAGAAUGAGAUGAGAUUGAAGAGCAUGAAUGUCAUCGAAGCUCUUCCUACCCUCAGGGCGCUGCGACAUGCACAGACAGCUGAAGCCAAGCCGUACAUGGUCCUGAGUGGUGCCAACGAGAAGUGA